AUGACAAAGAGUGUUGCUUGUUUAUUUAUGUAGCAUGAGGAUUGUUGUGCCUGAAGUAUAAACUCUGUUUCAUUUUCUCCUUUGUAAAAAAGUAAUUUGCGGUAUUUUUAAGGAUAUGAUAAACAUAUUCAAGAAGUAUCUAGCAAACAGUUAACUGCAGUUGACAUGUCGAAAACAAAUGGCCAUGCAGAGAGUGGUAUUGCUGACAGUGUCGACGACAUACCAAUAGAGGGUGAAGACGGUAUAGAAGAUAUCGCUCAGUUGGACAAAGAACUUGACAAAUUAGACUCAGCUCUAGACAAAAUCGAAAACUGGAGUAACUCUCUGCAAGGAAAAGUUGCAGAGUUUUUAAAAGAAUCACGGGAACAAAACCAACAAGCUCGGGAAGAACACGGUAAAACGCAGAAAACAGAAGAAGCGAAGACGAACAAAGAAAAGAAAUAAAUAAUCCACAUAUAGAUAAUAUUUAAUACGAAUUAUUUCAUACGCACUAAUUUAUUUGUUUUAGAAGAUAUUAAUUUUAUUCCCAAUAAGUCAAAUUUCUUUUUUCUUCCAUAAUAUUCCUCUAAUCAAAAUAGAAUAUUGAAAAACCCUAGCAUGAUAAUAAGCAUCAUAUUCGCGACGAACUGUGAGAAGGCAUGCGAUUUUAUUAACGUCCUUCUGAAAUGAUACAAGAAAAAUGGACGUUUUAUAAGAUUUCGUUUUCAUUAGUAAGAUCAACUACAAAAUUAACGAAUUUAAAAAAUUUAACUUUUAAUUGUAAUAUUUACAGAAAAGUGUUUUUAAAGAGAAAAUAUAAAUCAACAAAAA